AUGUUUUCUGACGAUAUUUGGCCCGCCUGUGCGAAGGGUCACUUGCAAUCACCAAUCAACAUUCGACUAAGCGACCUCAUAUUCGAUCACACGCUCAAACCGCUCAUCAUUGAUGGCGUCUCCUCAAGGCUCGCCUUCGGGAUCGUAAACGCAGGUCAGGAUGUCUACUUCCAACCCGAACCCAACGAAUCCAGUGUCUACUUCCGCGAUGGUCCACUGUCCUACCGCUAUCGACUGUAUGGAGGAGUCAUCAAGUUUGGCAGUACUUCAAAGGUUGGCUCAGAACAUCAGAUUGAUGGAAAAACAUUCCCUGGAGAGAUUCAGUUAUAUGCCUACAAUUCUGAUCUCUAUCACAAUUUCACCCUGGCAGUCAGCAGACCAAACGGACUCGCGGCAGUCUCGCUCUUCCUGCAAAUAGGCCAAAGUCCAACUCCAGACAUAUCGGCUCUCCUUUCCACCAUGGCUGAAGUGCGAUUAAAAGGCCAUCGGCGAACGCUCUACGGCCUUAUUCUUCAGACAUUGCUCCCGAACACCCACGAGUUCAUAACAUAUCAGGGUUCACUCGGUUUCCCCGCCUGUCAUGAAACGGUGACAUGGAUCCUCUUGAAUGCGCCCGUCACAGUGACCGAGGAGCAAAUGAAGGGACUGCGUGACCUCAGAAUGUCUGAAUUCAAAAACGCCGGAUCCAUGGCAGACAACUAUCGGCCCAUUCAAAAGUCAAAUAACCGCUUCAUUCGAACCAACAUCUACUUUAAUGCAAGCCGUUGUCCCUGGCGCUCCCUUUGGUCAACCUCCAGCGUUGGCUAUCACAGCUUGGUCGGUGCUGAAAGAACCAACUACACCAGUCAUCCAAUCUGUGCGCAGCUGAGAUGA